AUGGGGCGCUGGCUUCUCGUCGAAGCGCGCACCGAGCAUCCCGGCGGCAUCCAGAGCAAGACGGCUCGGGGACCGAGUUGCGAAAUGGCUGUCGCGGCUUUCAGUGUCACAUGGCCGCCGCUGCCUACUGGCCGAGCUUGCUUAGCGGAUUAUGAGCUGUGA